CAUAAAUGUAAUGUUUAAUUUUUCAAUUUAAUUAUUCCAUUAUUAAUUAUUCUUAUGUUACUUGUUCUAUGUCCUUUAGAAACUAAUUUGUAUCAUCCACUGAUAAGUGAACUUUAAAAAAAGUAUUAUUAUUAUUCAUGAUUGCAUAGAAUUCACUAUUGACUAAUACUGAUCAAGAUAUCACCACUUUGCCAGAUUUUGUUCGUGCAUUGUAGCUAUACAGUGGUUCUGUUUUUGCACUCAGAUUCUUGCUCAACUUUUAUUCAAAUUUAUGGACAAAUACUCUUAUACAUACUUUUUGAUAGGGUCUUUACAACAAUCUGUAUAUAUUUAAAUAAAAUGUCUUAUUCAGGAAUGCAUUUACCAUAUUCUCAUAUAUAUGUCUCUCUCCAGUGCUGCUGUUUUUGUAAUAAACCUCCAUCCUCCACUGUGUUCCAGGGUGGACCGCACACACAGCUUGUCAGCACUGCUCACCUUUCAGCAAUUACACAAAACAUAUAUGACUAUUAAUGGAAAUGAAUCAAAUGAAUUUAUUUAAUAAUUAAAAGAGCUCAAAUUAAAAUGCAAGUUUAUAAUUUUUUUUGUCUCUUUGUAUGCGUGCAUUUAUAUUUAUUUAAAUAUGUUACUAAGUUGAAUAUUAGGCAAUUGAUAAUUGUCAGAAUCAUUUCUUAACGUGUUAUGCCUGUCACCUGAUUUGACUGCUGAUUGGUGCAGUUUGCGAUCUCUUACCCAGAUUAAAACCUGCAAGGCACAUUUUUAAUGAGCAAAAGCUGAUCUGAAAUGUAAAAAUCUACUGCGCGCUCUCAUUCACGCGGCUCUCGCUGCACAGGACGUCACGGUCGUGCACGCGCCGGACUCUCUUGAUGGAAUUCUCGUUUAUUUGUGGAUAGAGCGUUGUAUUGUGUUUCUUUCUUAAGUUGAGCACGAUGGGUAUGGAGGUGAAUGGUUAAUCAAUGGACUGUAAAAAGAGAAACUAAUUGAGCUUUCAAGUGCCCAAGGAAAACAACCCUGACAGAGAAAUGUAUGGAUUCAUCAACACGUGUCUAAAGUCUCUAGUAAUCGACAGAUUUGGAGAAGAGACGUGGGACAAACUCAGGGACUCAGCAAGGGUUCAAGACACUUUCAUGACUUAUGAAGUGUACGCAGAUAACAUCACCAUGCAGUUAGUGAGCGAGGCCUGCAGGAUGCUCGACCUUGAGCAAAGUGUGGUGCUGGGGCAGUUUGGAGAAUAUUUUUUUGAGUUCUGCAAAAGGGCUGGAUAUGAUCAUAUGCUGCGCACUCUUGGAGGAAAUCUGUUUGAGUUUAUGGAGAAUCUGGACGCGCUGCACGGCUUUCUCUCUCUUUCCUACAAGGAAAUGAAUGCACCAUCAUUCCGUGUAGAAAAAAACAAUGAUGGGUCUUUGCUGUUACACUACUACUCAGACCGACGCGGUCUUUGUCAUAUCGUCCCUGGUAUCAUCGGAGCUGUAGCCAAAGACUUCUUUAAUAGCAAGAUAAAGAUGGAAAUUGUGAACCAGAUCGAGGAAGUUGAGAGCAUGGGAAAAAAAGAGCAUAUUGUUUUCCUCAUCACCCAAAGCCCAGCGUUCUUAGACAAAGACUUUCCAGAAAGGUCCCUGCAGACAAAAUCUCUAAAUCAUGUAGAAAAAAAUGACACAGUCAGAAACUUGGAGUAUCCACAAAAGGGUAUAACUUUAAGGGCAUUUGAGCCUGUGUAUCCAGAUAACCUGUGCAUCGAUCUGAAGACAUUUUGCAAUGCCUUUCCUUUCCACAUUGUGUUUGAUGAAGAACUCCAGGUCAGACAGGCAGGGGUAACUGUUCAGAGAAUCGUGCCAGGGUUACAGAGCAGGUGCAGCCAGCUGGAUCAGUAUUUCAACAUCCAGCAUCCACAGGUGACUUUCAACAUCUGCAGCAUCCGCAAGUUCAUUAAUAGCCAUUUUGUUUUGCGGACACGAAGAGACAGAAUGCCUAUGGCUUGGAGAGAGAGACCCAUGCUAGAACUGAGAGGACAAAUGUUAUGGAUGCCUCCAUUGCGUUCCAUGCUGUACCUAGCAUCACCAUUACUUCGCAGCUUGCAGGAGCUGGAGGAGCACGGCAUGCACCUCUCUGAUAUUGCUCCACAUGAUGCUACACGUGACCUAAUCCUGCUCAACCAGCAGCGACUGGCAGAGAUUGAGCUCUCCAACCAGCUAGAACGAAAAAAGGAAGAGCUUCAUCAGCUCUCAAAACACCUCGAAGAGGAAAAGCAGAAGACGGAUAAUCUAUUGUAUGCCAUGUUGCCCAAACAUGUGGCCAACCAGCUGAAAGAGGGCAAGAGAGUAGAGGCAGGUGAGUUUGAAGAAUGCACCGUUCUCUUCAGCGAUGUGGUGACCUUCACCACCAUCUGCUCUGAGUGUGAACCCAUCCAGAUUGUUUCCAUGCUCAAUUCCAUGUAUCUGAAGUUUGACCGUCUUACCACUGUACACAAUAUUUACAAGGUUGAAACAAUUGGAGAUGCUUACAUGGUUGUCGGUGGCGUUCCCAUCCCUAUGUCAAGUCACACUGAGCGUGUGGCCAACUUUGCCUUGGGCAUGAUCAUAUCUGCAAAAGAGGUCACUAACCCUGUGACUGGUGGCCCUAUUCAGAUUCGAGUGGGCUUGCACAGCGGACCAGUCUUGGCAGGGGUGGUUGGUGAGAAGAUGCCUCGGUAUUGUUUGUUUGGAGACACAGUUAAUACAGCCUCCCGAAUGGAGAGUCAUGGAUUGCCUGACAAAAUCCACCUCAGUCCCCGUGUUUAUCAUGCUCUAAGAAAUAAAGGCUAUCAGAUGGAGGAACGUGGAGAGAUAGAGGUAAAAGGUAAAGGAAGAAUGCGCACCUACUUCCUGCAGAGGAACCUUAAAGUCACAGAGAGUGAGAUCAUGGGGCUUUUGGUGCCCAACGCUGACUCAGACAGGAUGAUGAAUCAUUCUACACAAGCGUCACAGCUACUUCACUAUAGACCAGAAUUAAAAGGUCUGUUGAAUGUCUCUUAA